CACCUCCUCUCCACCCCUUCCAUCUAUCGCUGCUGCCAGCCUCCAAAAAAGAGCGUAUCCGUGAGCAGUACUGGCACACAGAGAGGGUAAGGCAUAUCACUGAGAAUUCACGGUGGAUUUCCCCUACCAGGACCUCUACUGAGCGACAGAGCCGACCAUGGAAGAACUUACGGCAUUUGUGUCGAAAUCUUUCGAUCAGAAAAGCAAGGAGAGCAGCAAAGAGAGUAUCACGUACAGGGAAGUUUUGGAGAGCGGCUUGACAAGGGCGCGGGAGCUGGGCAGCCCGGAGACAAACCUGCAGGACAUAACGGAGAGCAACCACUGCCCGGUGCAUCUGUUCAAGGACCACGUCGAGCUGGAAAAGGAGAAACUGAAGGAGUUUAAUGUUUCGAGGGCGACAGAGGGGAUAUACGAGUGUAAGGAGAAAAAAGAGGACGUAAAGUCGGAGGACGAGGAUGCACAAGGCAAACUGAAGCAGCGGAGGAGUCGCACUAACUUCACCUUGGAGCAGCUCAACGAGCUGGAGCGGCUGUUCGACGAGACGCACUACCCGGACGCGUUCAUGAGAGAGGAGCUUAGCCAGCGGCUGGGUCUGUCCGAGGCCAGAGUGCAGGUUUGGUUUCAAAACAGAAGAGCAAAAUGUCGAAAACAAGAAAACCAGAUGCAUAAAGACAUCUUUCCCUUCUCUCCAGGUGUUAUUCUGGGCAGCGGCAGUCACCUCGACGCAUGCAGAGUAGCGCCCUACGUCAAUAUGGGUGCCCUGAGGAUGCCCUUCCAACAGGUCCAAGCCCAGCUCCAGUUGGAUGGGGUCACCCACUCCCACCCCCACCUGCACCCUCACCUGGCUGCUCACGCUCCCUACCUGAUGUUCCCGCCCCCUCCUUUUGGACUACCAAUCGCAUCUCUCGCCGACUCGGCCUCUGCAGCGGCGGCGGUGGCGACAGUCGCCAAAAGCAACAGCAAGAACUCAAGCAUCGCUGACCUGCGACUCAAGGCAGGACUUCUGCGGGGCCAGUGGCUCAGUCCACUCCAGGCACAGAUCACAUCCCAAGGACCGUACAAACACAUGUGGAUGUCAGUCUGAGGGCCAGGCCGGGGCCCGUCAGACCAGAAGAUGUUAGAACAAAGCAAACUGGCAGGCAGCAGCAGGGCCAAAAGCUGAGCCCCGCUGCCGCUGGCUGCCGCCAUGUUGACAGUGCAGAAGUGUGAGCGAGGGGGAAACAGACCCACACACCACCUCACCGCGGCAUUGGACUGGCUCCCACCUUUACACCCCCCUGCCCUGGCACUCGCUAGAAAAAAAAAAAACAUUUUAAAAAAAGGCCACAUUUGUCUCCAACCACUGUGUUCCCUGCUGCUGCCAAGUGCAUGAGCUCUAAUGGAGGAACGUUCUGGAACUGGCCUCCAUCCACAGCUGACAUAAACACUCAACAACUGUUUUUAACACUGCCAUUCAACAUGUCCCCCCCCGCCUCCUCCUUACACCUACAAAGUGAAAGCUCUCAAUUAUAGUUUGAUAUCCUCCUUCCUAUGGACUUGUUCUGUAAUAAAAGCAACAACUGGUUUUUCGUUGCUGCAGAGGGGAGAGAUAUGAUUGUGUUGCUGAGACUCGGUUUGCAUUUCUCUUCACAGCGUGCUCUCUCUCUCUGUCUUUCUGUUUAUUGUGUUGUAUCCUGGGUAAAGAAGUGAUGAUAGCCUUUGCACUUCAGGUCUUGUAUGUGGGUGUUUACAAAUGGCACUACAAGCAGAUACUACUUUACGAACUAAAAAGGAGAGGGGUUUGAUAUCGUCAUGUGAUCAGCAAAAAGGACAUUAUCUGGAAUAAAGGGUAUAAUUUUUUUUUUUCAUUUUUUGUAAUUCUGGAAAUAUGAAGAAAGCAUCAGUCAGACUGAAAAUGCAAUGGUGUGCAGUUUAAGUGCAAUACUGUAAAUAGCAAAAAGUAAAAAAAAAACAAUAAAAAAAAAACAGUUAGUUAAUCCUCGACAAUAAAGAUCCAAUGAUUUUUUCGUUGUUUUUCAUGCACUGUUGGAGUGUUGAAUUUAUUUGCCAAACAAAUCAGUUUUUCUACAGCAGUGUAUAUUUAGUUAAUUUAAAGAAAAGUCAGUCAAAUCCAGGUGCCAUAUCCCAUGUAACCUCCCAUGUAUUUAAGCUGUUGUGUAUCAGGUGCAACUAUCUUUUGUUGAGUAAAACAUGAGCACAUUUUUGGAAGCUGGAGAAAUUAGGCUAAAUAAAAAAAAAAAAUCUCUUUGCUACUCUUCCAGAGAAAAUCUAAUUGUUUGGAUUUUGGAAAAUGUUCAUAAUAAAAUCAACAAAUGAACAAUGUAAUCUAAAGCAAACUGUUGUUUAUAACAUGAUUCACUUCUGCACAUUAUACGUGACAUUUUGUCGUAAUUUCCAAAUGUUGUGCAAAUUGCUCCAGACAAAACAGGACAUUUAAAUUGUUUUGGAAUUCAAAGAUUAUUUUGACAACCUUUUAAACACUGCUGUCAGAGCUGCGCUAUAAAUGUAGAUCUGUUGAAGGUCUACGUACCUCGAACAGUUUCAAAACAACAUGUUUCUCUCUUAACAGACCUCUGUUUAGAAUUGUUUAUCUAUGUCUCCAUUUUAAAUUAAACUAUGGGUAUUUAAUUUAUUAUUUUGUCUGAAAGCUUAUGAAAGAUUGAACUACAAGUGUACAUUUUUACAUGGCUUUGCAUUUAUUUUUGUAUGUUUUUUUAAGUGUUAAAUUUGAAUUAGGAGGUGUGGCUGUAGUGCAUUGUUUGCCUAAAAAAAAAAAAAAAUAGUAGCGUGUCCGAGUUUACAAACAUUUCAGGGAUGGUUGAAAUGAACAAUACUCCAUGGAAUUUGUUGUACCCAUUAUAAUGAUUCUCAUUUCAUAUGCAAGCAUGCCUAAACAUGAAUCAUCGUACAGUUUGUUUUCCCCCUUUGGA